AUGGCUGCUGGAAACGCUGAUGAAGAUGAUGAUUCUGCUGAUGCUACUCCAUGCCUUGCUGAUUACCACAGGUUUCAGAGCUCUCAUCCCAGCACCAUGGAACAGGGCCGCCUGGAGUUUGCCUCCAUGUUCGACACCCUCCAUGCCAAGCAGGGGGAACAAGCAGACCAUUGCGAGGCUAAACUCGGACAGAUCCAGAACAGCCUGUUGACAGCCUGGAGCAUGGUAGUUUCUGUGAAGGGCAUAGAGGGUAAGGACCUGCUCCUUCAAUACACAGUUCGGGCCUUACUGCAGUUUGCCUGCCUUCUACCAUUUGUUCCAGCCACCCUCCUGAGCUCGGCCUUAAAGAUGAAGAAUAAAAUGGUGAAGAAAACCCUGAGGAGGAGCCCUGGGAUCUAUAGGACUUUACAGCUCUUGCGCUACUGCCUAACUGUCCUGAACUGGGAUGGGGUGCACAAACAUUCACUGAUACACGCAGUGAGACUCUCGGCGGACAUUGUGAAGUUAAUCCUCUCUCAGAAAUUAGGACCAGCCUCAUUCUCUCAGUCACUCCUCAGCAGUCUCUUGGCACUUAAGCUGGCAUCUGUACAUCUGGACACAGUGUACUCCCUCCAAUCCCAGGCCUUCUUGGAUCUCCCAUGGGAGAUGGUGUCUGAUUCUGCCCAAGUGCCAUUCGGUCCCAGGGAGAAGGGUUCUCUCCUCACGUUACUGGAGCAACCAUCUCAAACUGUGCAAACCAUCCAACAGCCAUCACACAGACUGGCUGUCACGUGGCGCCUGUUGUACCAGCAUUCAUUGCAGCACCAUUCCCAUCUCCGGAAGGUCCAACAACAACCGCACAGAGGCAGCUCAAGGAAGAGGCUUCUAGGGGAAGAGGCAAUCCUAACUUCACUCCUCUCCCAGAUUCAAACAACGUUGCAGGCGAUGGGAGAAAGACUGGGACCAAACCGGCAGCUCAAACCUCUCGCAGGUGAGGAGUGCUUUCUUCUGGGCUCGUACCUGGAAUCUGUGCAAAUCUGGAGGGCGGCAAUUCUGGAGGAGAUGGGCAGAGAUGGGGGAAGAGUGAUUUACCUGCAGACUCGAUACAGCCUGGCCAUUCUUUACACUCACCUCUACUGCUACGAUCUGAGCACUGCCCAAUCCUUUACUGAACAGCUUGUGGGACAGAUGCUAAACCAAAAGCGAUCUGCGAUCUUUACAGGGACUGAUCAGCUGGAAUUGGAUUCUUCGAUGCUGCUAGAUGUUGGGGUAGAUGCUGCCCUGGCAGUGGUUCAGUCACUAGCCCGUUUCAUGGCUCUGUAUUUCACUAACCAGCCACUGUACGUGCUGCCACCUCACCACAUCGACACCCUGCCACCUCUGCACAUUCAACCAGGUUGCCUUCCUCGAGUAGUGUAUUUGCGACAGUGCCGAGUAUCAGCGGCAGUACGAGAGCAACACCUGUCAGCCACGUGGAGUGUGAAGUACACGGUCGACCUGAUGCUGAUUGGCAGGCUGAUCCCAGAAGCUGUCUGGUUGGCCUCGAGUCUUGGGGACUGGAAAACUGCUGUGGUGCUAAGUUUAGCUUUCAACUUGUACAAUCGAGACCUUCCUGAGUCUGUCAGGAGGCACUGGAGAUCACUGCAUUUACCAGCAGACCUUCACCCCUCGCAGAUCUUCCAGCAUAAACUACAGGCACUGUUGCAGUGUCCAGCGAAUGCGGUGGUAUCUUUGGAAGGCCUCAUGGUAAACAGCACUCUGACUCCAGGCAAUGACACCAAACAGCUGACAGAUUCCAUUGAGGAGGAUUGCGAAGUGUUAUUUGGCUCAGUGCAGGAGAUCCUGAAAGCAGCUGUGAUGGUGGAUGCAGAUGUGCUUACAGAGACCUUUGAACUUUUGAUGCAGACUGCAAAGGACCUUGGUGGCAGUCUGCCGGGGCUGGUACCUGAUGGUCUAUACCUACCGGCACCUCCGUUGUAUUGCCCUCAGCUAGCCAUUGACAGUGAGAGCGUUGGACUGGACUCUGCGUUAUCCACAGAGAAAGCUGCUCGGCAAGAAGUGUCUGUCAUCUUGCAGCGACUCCUUCUGCUCUUCAGGGCUGCUCGCUGCUCUCUCCCGGCAGCACAUUGGUAUAUCGACAAGCUCCUAUAUGGUCAAAAAAUCAUGAAUAAGAUCAGAGUGAAGGCUGGCCUCCCUCCCCUUUCUCCAUUCCCUGACUCACUGCUGUGUUACGGUAAAGCUGGGAUCAGCUUCUUCAGACCCGGAGCCGCCGGUGAUGGAACCCCUGAUGCAAUCUCCAUCAGGGUAAUUGGCUCCUUUCGGGACCUCUGUGGAUUGUGCUGGAUGUUCCAUGUCCGUGACCGGCUGAGUGAGAGCUGCCGCAAGUACCAAGCAGCCAGAGACAAUACCAGAUCCCCCCAGGAUUAUGAGGUGACAGCUGAGUAUGAUGCUGCUGUGGUUGACCAUUGCCUGAAUUCCCUGGGCUGGGCCUGUCGAAUGCUGCCUUUUGCUCGGUUCAUGAAUGUAGAGGAGCUCAUACAGGACAUCAUCCUCAGUUUAGUUAGCGAGCUGCCUCCAGUCAGAAAGGUUGCUGAAAUCCUGGUCAGGGCUUUUCCUAGUGUGGAAGAUGUUCGAGUGCCUCUCAGGGAUAAAUACCAGUCACUGCAGCAGCGCCUGCGUCACAGUACAGUGCGAGGCCCCGAUGGAGAGGAGAUGAUGUCAGUCCUGCUGCAUGAUCUUUAUCGACAGAAGAUAAAAAUGAUGAAGCGGACAGUGCAGAACAUUGGUCCUAUUGAACAGCACAUAUGGGAACGAGCUGAAGAGAGGUUGAGGGACCAAGAGGACCAAAUGUAUGAUCAGUUUUCCUUGGGGACAAGUCUGAGCAGAAGCUCUUUGACGGACACCAGAAGAGGCCAGAGCCAGGGCGAUGGAGACAUGACAGACAGUAUAUCGGAGGAAUUCCAGGAUCUGAGUGAAUGGCGGGACAAUAUCCAGCAACUGAUGGGCACUGGUCACAGGAACACAGCAUCCAGCCCCCAGAGGACAUCAGCCAGCAGGAAUACCGGAAAGGAUGGAGGCUUACAAGUAUACACACCUUGUCUGCCUGUGGUUGGUUCGUGGGAGUUUGAACGUGGCGAUGAGGAGUAUGUGAAGUUCCUAGAAUUGUUCCUGAGCUACCUGUUGGAGAGAGACCGGAUAGUGAAUGAGGAUCCAGCUGUCCCACUGCUGACCAGCUGCUCAGCCUACCUGAAGGAACUGGAGCUGAACUCGUUGGUAUUCCAGGUUCACACCACUCUAAAGCGGCGGCAGAGCAGGACCAGAGCUGCUGGGGAGGUCUCCAGAACAAAGAGCAGCUCUUGCUUAAUGUCCGAGUGGCAUCGGAGCGAGAACCUGGGCUGCGGGGGAGGAUCGAAACCCCCAGUCUCCUCCCCCGCUCCGGGGUUGUUCCACUCCACUGCCCACUCUGAAGUAUUGUCAAAUGAGCACAAUGUCCACAGUUAUUUUCCUGCUGCUGGUACUCGGGGCAGGGUGAGGGGCAGAGGCCUGUUUGGGUUAAGGUUGCACUCUUUGCCCCGUCAGUUCAAUGUGUUCCAGAACUGGGCAGCUGCUCCUGACCCUGCCUGCUCCAUCAAGAGGCCUGUGAGGACAGACCACACUCCCUGCUUGUCAGUGUUUGCUCUAUUGGAAGAGGACCUCACUCCCGAGCUGGAAGUCAAGUUCCAGGGCAUGGCGAAGCUGCUGGAGUGGAUGAUCCGAUGGUCUGAGCAGAGGCUGCUCUGUGGCCUUCACAAAGUGGAAAAGUUACUGGAACAGAGCACUGCCAUACGGGUCAAAACAUCAAUGCCUGCCAUCCUCCGCUCCCUGUGGCUGCUAGACAGAGACCUGAAGACUCAGACACUGGACAACUGCAACCACAGGAAAUCAGAGAGACAGCUGACUGUGUACCAGCCUGAGCAGCCCACCCUGAAGCUGGACAGGGAGAGCAGUGUGGACACGGGCUACCCAGGAUCUUUGAGGACACCUGUCAUGGACUUGGAGGCUGAUAUUGAAGGAGAUGUUCGACCUUUCGUACCGUCAGAUGAUGCAGAAGGCUUUCAGAAGCAGGAUCUGAGUCACACCAAUCUGAAUCCUCCAGAGGAGCUGACAUCAGACUCCGACAGUGGGACUGAAGAAGAGGAAUCAGCAGGUGGUCCAGGGGGACAUGCGGCUCACAAACAGGGUCCUGAACGUGAAGGGCUCAUUAAUACUCGUGUGUAUGAGGAGGAGGAAUAUCCUGAGCCAAGACCCUGCUACCUCUUCAGCCCCUGUAUAUCAAUCAGCAUAAAACCCAAGCCCAGAACGAGAAUCAGAGACGAGAUGGAAUGUAGCUUGGGUGUGGAGACUCCCCAGGAUAAGUGCAUCAGCAAGGAACCUGGAGAAGAGAUGAGUGAGGCCGUCUGCAAGGAACCUGGAGAAGAGAUGAGUGAGCACAUCAGCAAGGGACCUGGAAAACAGGAAAUGCAAAUGGAUGGGAAAGAGACUGUGAGGCUGCAGAGAGAAGCUGAGACUGACGAUUGCUGCUCUCCUCAGACCACGUCCCAACCUUCAAUGACAGCAGCAGAGAGCUCUGGCCCUCUACCCAGCUUGGCUCCCUCCUCCCUGCUGCAGCCUGUGUUGGAUUGUCAAUCGGGGCUGGCCCUGCCCACACCAGCUGUGUCCGUGCCAGUGCCAGCUGCUACCCAGACUGUGGAUCCUGAUGGUCAGACUGUCAACACACCAAACCUUUUUCAACACAUGCUCCAGGAUGAAAUGUUUAAACUGGUUCAGCUCCAGCAAAUCAACUUCCUGAGUUUAAUGCAGGUGGUUGGAUCAUCAUUGACCAGCCUUCCCAGCAUUCAGCAGCAGCUUCUGCCCAUUCCCAGCCAAACCCGGGUUCCCCCAGCACCAAACGUGAAUGUAAACCCAGGUCCAACUGGUCAGGUACCCAUACCUGGAGGAAAGGGGCGUGAGAGAGCAGCUAUGGAAAGCAGCCUUCCGGUUCAGAGACCAAGCAGCCUGCCAGAGGAGAAGGUAGCCCAGAAGCCAGAGGAGUUAUCUCUCCAUCCAGCGCUUGAAGGUGAUGAUCUGCGUACCCUGCCCCGGAUCUCUGAUUCCCAGAAUGUACAGACCAGAGACUGCGAUCCUAUCCGGCCUCACCUCCUCCUGGGUCCUGGGGCUCAGCCUCCUGCAGCGACCUUCCAGUGUGCUCCCGGGAUCAGUUCAACACCUGGUCUCCCGCUGCUGCGACUCCAGCCUUGCUAUGAGCUGAGUGCUCCUGCAGUGAUUGGUACCAAGCUGCCUCGCUCCAUCCCUCUCCUGCAGCCCACCCCACGAGAGGCCUGGGCUCCUGGCCCAGAGCCCAGCCGCAGGCCUCGGCUUGGCUUUCCUUCCCAUCUGAACUCAUCUGCCUAUGAUCCUGGGGCUCUGCAGAAAGCUGCCGAGGAAAAGGAGAGGAAGGAAGAACUGUUGCGGAGAGGCCCACCCAAACACCUGAACCUGGAUCAGUACCAGCAGCCACCAGCUUCUCCCUGGACUGAGCCUCCUGCAAAAGGCCUUCCCUACUCUUCUGAGAGAUCGCAGAGGGAAUUCCAGCCUCCUUCCUCACACGCUGGCUGCUCUCAGGUGUUCAGGAUGCCUCUCCUCCACCUCCCCCAGCUCACCCACACGACCCACUUCCCUCUCAUGGCAAAGCAGCUGCCCAAUACUCAGGCAAAUCCGGGGCAGUCAGGGAUAUCCUCCGCACCAUCAGUUCAACAUCCUAGAGACCAGCAGCAACAUUGCAGCUUCUGUCCAGAGACCCAGGUGUCAGUGGUCCAUCCUCCAAGACUCAUUCCAGCUCAGGACCUCAUUGAUUUUGAACAAGGCCGACUGUGUAGAGCCCGACAGCCUUCAGAGCGACAACAGGCCAAAGCCUUCCGCCUCCUGAAGGUGAACAUCGAGCCGUUUGAGCCCAGGACCAGUUGUGACAGUAAGAAGAGGUUAAAGCGCCGUCAUGAGAGAAAAGCAGCAGAGAGAGCGGUCUGCAAACCAGCCCAGUCAGACCAACAGCUGAGCCCCGCUGAUCCACCAGAGCCCCAGGAGGUUGAAAGUAGAGUCUGUGUGGAGCCGGUAGAUGUUCCACCAGUGCCUAAAACCUCAGGAUGCUCUGCCCUCCCACUGGGUCCACCCGGUGAGCUGCUGGGAGACCAAAUUAACCCGUUUUCAACGUCUGCUGAGUUACAGUGUUUUGCCUCCACCAUGAAGAAUGCUGAGGGAAGGAAGGAUGCCAGCACCAACACGGAGCAGGAUGCUGACCCCCGCUUCGAGCUACCCUCAGCUGCUAAAUCCUACAAGGAUGCUGGGAUCGUCACCUGCUCUGAGAUCAAGAACAGCCAGGCAGUCAAUGCCACUACAGUACAAACCACACCAGCCAGUGUCCCUCUGGUCCAGGUUGUGCCUCCAGAUGUGUUCAUGAAUCUUCGGUUUCUGAGUGAAACGUGUCCGAAGCCUCUCGUCACACCAACUAAUCAGGCAACAUCCGACCAACUGAUGUCUGGUCAUAAAUUCCUCAAUGUUAUUGACAUUGAUGCUGGAGAACUGCUGAACAGCCUUCCAGUUACUACAAGUGCUCCUGAACUAAUGCCCUCAUCAGAAAGAGAAGACAUAUCCAUAGCUGGACUACAUCUCAUGGCCGCCUCUGUCACUAAUGCUGUACCUCCAGAUACAUGCCAGCAGCAGGAGAGCCCAUCCCUCAGCCAAGCCCAGCUCUGGAGUGAAGGUUGGGAGCAGCAGCUCGCUGGAGACCACCUGACAGAAAGAUUGUUGCAGCAGGAUAGCCCACCUUUGUCGACACCUCCACAAGCUGCUGCCCACUCUGUGGGCACCAAGCGGGUCAGGGCACAGCUCAGUGAAAUGGAGCAUCAACUCAGUGCCCUGCAGGACAUGGCAGUGAACAUGGAACAGGACUUUGCCAACACCAAGAUGCUAAUAAACACCAUUGAACAUCUGCACAGCGCCAUGGGUCCUGAGGAGCCAGUGGAAUAUUCCAGAACGUGGGGUGCAGGAGCAGCCUUUCACCCACCACCAGACCCUGCUGAGGAGAAGGGUGAGGACCGGUGUUUCUCGAAGAUGAAGGCAGCUCCAGGUUCCGCUGUGUGUACAGACUGGCGUUCUCACACUCCCCCUCGGACGCCCAUGGGGAGAGCUGGGGACCGGUGUUACCCGAAUGUGAAGGCAGCUGCUGUAUCCCCCAGGUUUGCAGACUGGCACUGUCACUCAGCCCGUCUCACUGCAGAGAAGAGAGUGGAAGACCAGGGUUACUUGAAAGCCAAGGACGCUGCUGGACUCCCUGUGAGUGUAGACUGGCAUCGUCACACUCCCCCUCUCGCUGCCAAGGAGUUUGAUCUGUCUGCUGAUCGUAACCAGCUGAGCAGAGAAACAGUGAGCUCCACCGAUGACCUUCACCUGAGUGGAAUGAGUGGUGUCAGUGACAUUGUCGCUGACCUGUUUAAUCAGGGCAAAUUGUCCACUGAACGCUUGGGUCUGUCUGAGGAACAAAUUAAGAAACUCCGCAGACAUUCUAAGCCUCCGAAGAGAAGUGAGCAAGAGCAAAAGGAAAUUCAGGAAUGGAUGAAACGUAAGAGACGGGAGAGACUUGAAAUAUAUCAACGACAUCGUGAUGAUCUGAAGAGAAAGGAGCGAGCACCAUAUCACCCCAAGGAGAAGCAGAAAAAAUUCACAAGCAAAGAAAUUAAAGAAAGUCAGAAGCAAAAUGCAGUAAAAAAAAGGGUAACUUUGGCUGAGAACCAGGAGCAGCGAACCCAGGCAGCGCUCAGCUUGAUGAAUGAGAUGUUGUCCGACACCAUUCAGCUUCCAAACGCUCGCCCGCGAGCUCUGGGAGAAAAGCCCAUAAGAUCAACUCACCUCACUCAGAAUCCAUUUAGCAGCACACCAAGAGGGAGGAGUGCAGCAUCACGCAGUCUGUCUGCCAGUCGGGCAGAGCGAAGCUUCUCAGGCACCUAUCGGGUGAAGCCAGGCCGAUCUGUCUCCUCAUCUCCUGGCCGAGCUCCAGGAACAUUGAGACAAGCAGCCCAGAGAAGACCUUGCCCAGUGACUGGGAGCACAUAUCGUGGGGAGGUCAAACAUCAAGAGGCCAGGGCUGCCUCCUGUCAUCAGGCCUCACUCAAGCCUUCCUUCGGACUCCGAACUCAGCAUCCAGCAGCAGAGGAAUCUGACUCGCAAUACAACUCCCUGACCCUGUGGAAUCCACCAGAGCAGAUCCGUCAGAUCCUGGAGCGUGAGGAUGAUCCCUUCCUGCAGUGUGAUGAUUUGACCAAGGCAGAUGGAGGGGCAGAUUGCAAGCUUUCUGACAUCGAGUCUGACAGCACCAGCAGCCUCCUCAGUAAUCUGGACUGGAAUGCAGUGAACAAGAUGGUCGCCUCUCUGAAGCAGCCUGAACAGGGGAUCACAGAGCCUUAAAGUCAUCAUCACUGUCCAGACCCCAUCCUGAUUAUUCGUGCAAUUGUAUACAGGCCAACUCCAGACUAAGGAACAGGCCACAAAUACAGUGAGUGACUCUUACCCUGAAUAAACAGUGACUCUGUACAGUUACACAGUGAGUGACCCUUACCCUGAAUAAACAGUGACUCUGUACAGUUA